AUGUUAGUUUCCUUCGCUCUCCUGGCAUUGACAGCGGCACAGACUGCCUUUGGGCAGACCGGCGUCAACUGCACUCAUCCAACUGCGUUCUACGAUCAGAAGAUCGACCAUAAUUCCACCAAGAGCGGGACCUUUAGACAACAAUAUCAACUUAUCAUGGACCACUACAAACCAGGAGGUCCGAUCCUGUUCCUCCAGGGAGCCGAGACCGCCAAUCUCUCGUGCUUGGAAGAGAUGGUCUUUGAAGACUGGGCGCCAACCUUGGGUGCUGCCGUGGUGCAACUCGAACACCGUUUCUUCGGCGUCAGCAAUCCAAGCAUCGCCUCCAACGUCACUCAGCGCUUUGCCACACUCACCGUGGAGAACGUUCUUGGGGACUCUGUUGCUUUUGUCCAAUACUUGAAGAAAAACAAUACCAAACUGAGAGAUGCCAAGGUCAUUGCACAUGGCGGCUCCUAUGGGGGUUGGCUAUCUGCCAUGCUCCGACUUAACCACCCAGAGACUUUCUAUGGCUCAAUUGCCUGGGCUGGACCAACCGAGAGCCUUGGGCCGAAUUCUUCAAAUCCUGCGCGUGGGAAUUGGUACACCUUUGUAAGCAUACCUGAUCGCUAG